AUGAAUAAAGAAUUAUUUCUGAAAUCGAUUUCAAUGAAAUUACAAUCAACUUCAAUCCGAUUGUCAAGAAUCUCUCAUCAAUUAGCGAUCCAUUGGGAAUUAUCAAGUGGGUACAUCAACGCUUUAAAAAACUCUCCCAUUCAAAUGUUCAAUCAACCAAGUUUAUGCACCCAUUCAGCAAUUAGUAGAGCAGCCAGAGCCAACAACCUGGAAAUGGUGAAAUGGAUACACGAGAAUGGAGUUAAAGGAAGUCCUAGGGAAGCGAUAGACUACGCUUGUGAAAACAACAAUAUCGAGAUGGUCAAAAGGUUGAAUGAGAAUAGAACUGAAGGUGCUUCAUUUGUAUCGAUCGUUCACUCUAUUGCCAACAACAAUUUCGAAAUGUUUCAAUAUCUAUUGGAGAAUGUUUUCAACAGAAUCAUUCAUGACGAUCGCGAUGAAUCAUUUAUCUUUUAUUGCAGUAAUACCUCACAAGAAGCAAUGUCCAAUUCUUUCUUCAGUUUGAUCAAGCAACAUGACUUUACACUAGAUUGCUCAGGAUCUCAUAACUAUAGUAUUAGUAAAACGUUGGAAAUUGCCUCUCAGAAAGGAACUUAUGAUAUUUCCCAAAUUCUGGAUAUUUCUACCGAGAAAGGUUGUUUAGAUUUGGUCCGUAGUUACUUCGAGGUGGGCAAACUUGGUAAAAGUGAUAUCAUCGAUAUGCCAUUAUUUUAUGCGUUGUUCUAUGGCCACUUGAAUAUCGUAAAAUAUUUCAUCGAGAUUCAAAAGGAGAAAUGGGAUGCCUCACACCUUUCCUAUGCACUUGGCCGUGGUAACUUUGGUGUUGCUGACAUCUUUUUCGAAAAUACAGCAACAUCCGAAAUCAAAGAAAUUGUUAUUCCAGACCAUAUAGAUCAUACCGAAAAUAAUGAAUUAAUGGAUCAGUUUUUGGAAAACUAUCAAUAUAUCUUUGAUUCAAUUCAAUUAAAUCAAUAUCAAUCUUAUGAAUCAUAUACUUGGAAAGAUCUUCAACAAAGAUUCGAUUUGUUGAUCAAGUUUGGCUAUAUCGAUCAGUUUAAACUCUUUCUUAAAAAGUAUCAACAGAAUCGAGUGAACGAGGUGAAUAGUUUUUCAGUGAUCUACUACGAGUCGAUCAGAGUAUCAAUUAGAUUUGCAAAGUUAGAUAUAGUUAAAAUGCUUUUAGAAGAAUUUAAAUUCAAGUUAAGUGACUAUGUAAAACCAAGUAUCAUGAUGAGACAAGCAUCUCUAUCUGGAAGUUUGGAGAUGUUAUUGUUUUUAGAUCAACAAAGCUCAAUUGAUUGGCAACUCAGUGAUUAUAUUGAAGCUUUCAACAAAUCACCAAUCAAUUCAGAUCUUGAAGUUGUCAAGUGGCUAUAUGAUAAGUUAAAACCUGUAUUAAGAGAAAGUGGAAGCAAAAUGCAACUCAUUGAUAAAGAUAGUAUAUAUGAAUUGACAGCAAAGAAAGGAAAGACUGAUAUUUUCAAAUGGUUGAUGGAGUCUGAUUUAAAGAUUGAUAACUAUCAGGAUGUAAUUCAAGUUGCAUGUUCAAAUGGAAACAUUACAUUUCUCAACUAUUUAAUCGAUAAUUAUUCUAAUUUAAUCGAUUUCAAUGAAAUUACAAUCAACUUCAAUGAAAUUGCCAAGAAUCUCUCAUCAAUUAGCGAUCUAUUCGGAAUUAUCAAGUGGGUACAUCAACACUUCAACAAGUUCAUAUAUGCAACUGAUUUGAUGGAUAGUGCAUUAAAAAUUGGCUGUUUCGAUUCGAUUAAAUGGCUUCAUGAGAAUCGAACUGAAGGCUUCACUCAUGGUGGUAUGAAGAGUAUAUUCAAAUGUUCUUUGGAAACAUUGAACUGGAUCAAAAUGAAUAGAUCCGAAAGGUUUCCAACUGAAGCAGUCGACUAUGCUGGUUUUGGAUCUUUGGAAAAGUUGAAAUGGCUUCACGAGAAUUCAACAAAUGGUUUCACUGAAAAAGCAAUUGAAAAUGCAGCAUUCGCCAACAAGUUUGAUUCAGUUAAAUAUUUACAGUUCAAUCAACCAAGUUUAUGCACCCAUUCAGCAAUUAGUAGAGCAGCCAGAGCCAACAACCUGGAAAUGGUGAAAUGGAUACACGGGAAUGGAGUUGAAGGAAAACGAAAAGAUACGAUCGACUAUGCUUGUGAAAACAACAAUAUCGAGAUGGUCAAAUGGUUGAAUGAGAAUACAACCGAAGGUGUCUCAUAUAUAUCGAUCGUUCAUUCCAUUAUCAACAAUAAUUUCGAAAUGUUUCAAUAUCUAUUGGAGAAUGUUUUUGGCAAAAUCGUUCAUAAGGAUCGCGAUGAACCAUUUAUCUUUUGCUGCAACAAUACCUCACAAGAAGCAAUGUCCAAUUAUUUCUUCGGUUUGAUGGAACAACAUUUCUUUACACAAUAUGCCUCGGGAUCUCAUUAUAUUUCUAAUAUAGUCGAGGUUGCUUCUGAGAAAGGUUGUUUAGAUUUGGUCCGUAGUUACUUCGAGGUGGGCAAACUUGGUAAAAGUGAUAGCAUCGAUAUGCCAUUAUUUUAUGCAGCUCUCUACAACCACUUGGAUAUCGUAAAAUAUUUCAUCGAAAUUCAAAAGGAGAAAUGGGAUGCCUCACAUCUUUCCUAUGCACUUGACAUGGGUAACUUUGGUGUGGUUGACUUUUUUUUCGAAAAUACACCAACAUCCGAAUUCAAUGAAAUUGUUAGUCCAGUUCAAACAGAUCAUAACGAUUCAACUAAUCAGUUUUUUGAAAAUUAUCAGUAUAUCUUUGGCAUAAAGUAA